UCCGGCCACUCGGCUCUACUGUGCAGAAGAACCUGCUCCUCGGUCCUACCAGUUCCUUGGUCCAGCGGUGUCCUGCUUUCACCGGCUGUCUUCUCUCCCCGGCACCGGCAUCUUCAGUGUGGGUCUGCAGUCUCUGGUCAUCUCCUGUACUAUGUCCGCAGUCUCUGGUCAUCUCCUGUACUAUGUCCGCAGUCUCUGGUCGUCUCCUGUACUAUGUCCGUAGCCUCUGGUCAUCUCCUGUACUAUGUCAGCAGCCUCUGGUCAUCUCCUGUAGUAUGUCCGCAGCCUCUGGUCAUCUCCUGUACUAUGUCCGCAGUCUCUGGCCAUCUCCUGUACUAUGUCAGCAGCCUCUGGUCAUCUCCUGUAGUAUGUCCGCAGUCUCUGGUCAUCUCCUGUACUAUGUCUGCAGUCAUAGUACAUGGUCAUCAUUCUAUUUUAUUUUUCUAUUAUAAAGUAAAUUCUGCCUACUCUUAUCCAAAGCUAAUUUUUACACCUCUCGGUCACCCACAGUGGGUAACCCCUUUCUCUCAAUCGAUUAUGUACAGU